AUGCACACUCCCCCAUUACGAACCUAUAUUCGUCUCAGCAACAUCACGCGCACAAUUCGUUCCCAUUCAUCCGCCAAACCCCGGCGGCCAUCGAGUAAACUCGGUCCUACCGUGUCACUGGAUCAUUUUCUCCAGAGAUCCAAGGCUCUUUCACUCUAUAGACGGAUUCUCCGGGAUUGUCGACGGAUUCCCGAUGUGGGGUCUCGGGACGAGACGAGGAGGUUUGUGAGGGAUGAUUUUGAGAGGAAUAGGGGAGUGACGGAUCUGGUGGGUUUAGUUUCUUCUUGUUUGGUUGGGAGAGGCGUUGAGUCAGUCUCGAGAUUGGGAAAAUUGGAAGAGUACAGUUCGAUGUGA